UCCUGCCACCGGUGGGCUUGGAAUCUCCCGUCGCUUUCGCCCUAUACAAGCUACUCCUCCUCCUCCUCCCCUGCCCCAGCCCUUGCGCGCACCAUCUGCUCGAUGCAUUGCCCGCAUGGGUCUCCCACACACUGCUGUCCUGAUCUUUGGCUUACUUUGGGUGCUCCAGCUGUCACACUCGUCAUCAGACAACGACUUCACCAAGGUCAGGGCGGUGAACCUGGGAGGCUGGUUGGUCGUCGAGGGGUGGAUCAAGCCUUCCCUGUUUGAUGGCAUCCCGAAUGGGGACAUGCUGGAUGGCACGCAGGUGCAGCUCAAGUCUGUUGCACUCCAGAAAUACGUGAGUGCAGCUGGUGGUGGUGGCGGGAGCGUGGCUGUGGAUCAGGAUGCUGCUUCAUCAUGGGAGACUUUCAAGCUAUGGAGAGUUUCUGACAGUGAAUUUCAAUUCCGGAGCUUGAGCGGCCAGUUCUUAACAAGAAGUAAUGAUGAUGUAAUCUCAGCAACUACAGAUUCACCAGGAGACUCGGAAACAUUUUUUAUUGAAAGGAAUAAUUCAUUGCUUCAUAUCAAACUUUUAAAUGGGAGCUAUUUGCAGGUCACAAACAAUAAUCAGCUUACUUCGAAUUAUCGUUCCCAACCAGGAUGGGGUGAUGACAUGGCAACAUUUGAAAUGACAAUAGUUGCCAACUACUUGCAUGGAGAUUACCAGCUUGCUAAUGGGUAUGGACCUGUGCAGGCAAAAUCUGUGUUGACGGAACACCGAAAGAACUUUGUUACUGUAAAAGAUUUCCAUCUCCUGUCACAAAGCAAAAUAAAUGCAGUCAGGAUUCCAGUUGGAUGGUGGAUUGCAUAUGAUCCUGAUCCACCUGCUCCAUUUGUCGGUGGCUCCCUCGAUAACCUUGAUAGAGCAUUCCACUGGGCACAGAUUUUUGGUUUAAAGUGCAUCAUCGAUCUUCAUGCGGCUCCUGGAUCUCAAAACGGAAUGGAACACAGUGCUAGCAGGGAUGGUUCAGUAGAUUGGCCUUCAGAGGCUAACAUACAAAAAUCAUUGGAUGUCAUUAAUUUUUUAGCUCAAAGGUAUGCAGACAAUCCCUCUCUCCUAGGUAUUGAGCUUCUCAAUGAGCCUUCCGCAGGAGGAGUCCCACUAGACAUUCUAGUUUCGUAUUACAAAAGAGGAUACAAAAUUGUACGAAGUUAUUCAGAGACAGCUUAUGUUAUAUUCUGCCAGAGGAUCGGAAAUGCAGACCCAAUGGAGCUUUAUCAGGCUGAUCUGGGUCCAACUAACACUGUUGUGGACUUGCAUUACUACAAUCUGUUUGAUCCUUAUUAUGAGAAGCUUAAUGCAACAGAGAACAUACGGGUCGUUUACAAGAACAGACUGCCUCAAGUGCAGGCUUUGAAUAGUGCAAAUGGACCUCUUGUUUUCAUCGGAGAGUGGGUAAACGAAUGGAACGUGGCUAACGCUUCACAAGGUCAAUACCAAUUAUUUGGAAAAGCUCAAUUGGAGGUCUUCGGGGAAGCCUCCUUUGGCUGGUCUUAUUGGACAGUCAGGUGCAACAGUGUCCACUGGGAUUAUGGAUGGAACCUUAGAAAUAGGUAUCUUAUUAUUGGCAGUUCAACAUUGGGAAGGCCACACUACAUGAUUCUUGUGACAGGAUGCCUAGUGUAUCUUUUGUCUAUAUUAACAUGAUACAGUAAAACAUACAGCAAAAAAUAGUUUAAUACCCAUUUAGAAAAAGGAAGAUGUCUGAUAGUGUCUCUCUAAUUUUGAGGAAUUUAUUCGUUCACACAAGUUGAAGUAAAGAG